AUGGCUUUUACUAGUUGGGUUGCUUUCUGUUUGAGGCUUUCUUAUAUUGGCUGCAUCGUUAAUUGUUUGGGAACGUCAGAUGUUACACUAAAACAUGAAAGACUUGAAGAACAUCUUACCAACACCAGGGAUUAUGACAUCCAAAGCAAUAAUGUUCCACCUGAACUCCAGACUAAAGCCACACAACUAAAGGAUAAGGCCGGAGCACUUAAAACCAAGGCUCAAGGUGCUGGUGCUACUAAUGUCGGUGCUGCAGCCGGUACACUACGUGAUAAGGCCUCAGAUCUUAACAGAGAUGCCAGCAAUAUAAAGGAGGGUGAACUUGAAGAACUUAAACAGCUAGCAACAAAUCUAGCCACUGCAGCCAAAGGUGAUGAUGGUGGUGAUGAAACCAGUCUAUAUAAGACCGCAGAGGCACUAUCCAGUACUCAAGAUUAUGGCAGGGCCAUAGCAGUAAUAGUAGCAUUCGGCAAGGUCAAGGCCGCAUACCAAAAACUGGCAGCACAUCCUAAAUACAAAGAAUAUAAACAAAAACUAGAAGCAGCACAACUAUCAUCACGUUCAGAUUCUCCUGAAGCAAAGGUCAAAGCCGUUGAAGAUGCCUGGACCCAGGUCAAUACCCAAUUCCAAGCACUUUGUAUGGCACUCAUCAAACACUUUGCAGGACAGAUUGAUACAGCAGCUGGACAACUAGCCGGUUCAGGUGGUACUCAGACUCAUGCCAACAAUGUAAUAACCAGUUUCGAAGUAGUUGAAAUGGCAUACAAUGAACUAAAUGAUAAGUUAACGGUAAAAUCUGAAUUUGAGGCACUCAAACUUAUCUACAACCAAAUGUUAAACCUUAACAAACUACAUAAAGCGGUCGAAAAACUUAGAGCCGCUGCUCAGGCUGCUAGUGCUACUGCACUCCAACAGGCAGCCGAUACUCUAAAAGAUAACGUCACAAAUCUACGUGAUAAAACUGAUAAUGAGGCCCAUGUUAAUGCCAAAAAUGUUAAAGACAAAUUCAAUGAGGUCAAAAAUGCAUUCAACAAACUAGGUACUGCUCAGACUACUGUCAAACAAGACUGGGAGGAUCUCAAAGCUGUCUAUGACAAUAUCGGAUUUUGUUAUAAAGAUGUUAAGUUCUACUCCAUCAUUGUUCCAUGCAUCUUUAGUAUGUCGUCAGACUUGUCUCCAUCAACUAAAUACGUAUGGCAUGGAAAUAAGAGAACUAAUAAUGGUUUCCAUGGCUGGACAGAAUACAAAGAUCACCAAGGAAAAGCGAAUGACGAAUCAGGAGAAGCAGCAGAAUGCCCAGACCCAUCAGGACAACCCCAAACCUAUAAACACGUUCCUGUUCAUGCUUAG